GAGUAGAAAUGAAAUCGUCUCUCUGGUUCGAAUGCGAUUCUUUGCCACCUUUCCUAGCGAGCGUAACAUCUCUACUGCUUGCAAUUGUGGCGUCUACGUCUGCGCAGUGCCCGUCUCAGUGUGACUGUGAGAAGGCGGCUACCUCGUUGUAUGUAAAUUGUCGUGGCAAGGGACUAACAGAAAUUCCGGCUGGAAUUCCUGAAGCAACAACGAACUUAGAUCUACGCAGUAAUCAUAUUGCUAUUAUUCCUGAUGGCAUCUUCAGUGAACUAAAGUUGGGUGCACUACGGCAACUUCGGUUUGACAAUAAUGACCUUACUGAGAUUCGAGUUGGGACUUUCACUGGUUUGCCACGUUUGACACAUCUGCAUCUUGCAUACAAUAAGAUCUCACAGAUAGAGGACAGAGCAUUUGCGAGUGUUCCUAGUCUUGGCUACUUACAAAUUUAUCACAACAAACUUGAAAAGAUUGGUCAAAAUGUUCUCUUUGGUUUGUCAAGACUUGUUCAGCUGUAUGCGUGUUGUAUGCGGACAUUAACAAGCAUUGAUGAUGGUGCCUUUAGUCAUGUUGGAAAUCUACGGCAAUUAAUUCUAAGCAGCACUAACUUGCAGCAACCAGCAGUGGAUUUCCGUUUGAGUUUUAUGCCACGACUGGAUAGUCUGUAAGAGAACGCAUGACUACAUAUAGAGAUUUUGUAAUUUAAUACCAAGGUUGGCAGAGACAGUACUGCAGGUACGGCAAUUGCUGUAGCACAUUUUGAAGCAGUAUGGCAGACUAACAGAAAGCUAAGGUCAUAUGACUGAUGUAAUUGCAUCAA